UUACCGAGAGGGAGACAGAGAGGGAGAAGAGAGAGAGAGAGAGAGAGAAAGAGAGAGAGAGAGAGAGAGAGAGAGAGAGAGGCGCGGAGGAGAGGAGCUGCAAAACAUGGUAAUCACCACCACCAACAUCACCAUCACCAUCACCUCCAGCUCUGCUGCCGCGCACUCUCCCGUCUCCUCUCCUCCUCUGCACCGGGGCUUGCGUUUCAUGCCCAAAGCCCUGAUCCGCGCUCCCAAAAUAACCCUCAGCCAGCAUGCCGAAGGAAGCAAAACAAGAAGAGCGGUAUUUUUAGGGUCAUUAAUUUUGACCACGUGGCCCGAAGGUAAACCGGAUGGCCGUUGCGCAAAGGCUCCUCGUCAGUAUGUCCUGCGAGGCCGGCACGCCGCACUGGACGCUGACCGCGGUGGUUCUCCUGGGCUUUCUGCUGGGGAUCGUGUCAGCGUACCCUUUACCGAGCAGCAGGACGAAUGCAACUUUACUGGAGAAACGAUGGGAGACCCUGUUCUCCCGCUCUGUACUGGGGAUCUCCGGGGAGAAACCGGAGCUGAACUGGGAGAGCGACUAUCUGCUGGGCAUCAAAAGAGUGCGGAGGCUCUACUGCAACGUGGGCAUCGGGUUUCACCUUCAGAUCCUCCCCGACGGCAGGAUAAACGGUGCACAUAAUGAAAACCAGUACAGUCUGAUAGAAAUCUCUACGGUGGAGAGAGGGGUGGUGAGCCUGUAUGGGGUGAAGAGUGAGAUGUUUGUCGCAAUGAACAGCCGUGGGAGGUUAUACGGAACGACAGUCUUCCAUGACGAGUGCAAGUUCAAGGAGAGCUUGCUCGCGAACAACUACAACGCCUACGAGUCUCUGGUCUACAGGGGCUCCUACAUAGCACUCAGCAAGCAUGGCCGCGUGAAGAGGGGCAACAAGGCCACCACUGCCAUGACUGUAACGCACUUCCUACCCCGAAUAUGAUGAGCAAAAACUGGCAAUAACAAACUUAUUUGCACAUGUGGAUUAUUUCCCAGGUAACAUAAAAUACCGUAUACGUACGUACAAACACAAAAGACAAAAUGGACUGUAAAAGAAAGAAAUACCACUAUAUCUGAUAGUAUUUAUUCAAACUUUAUAUGUAUAUUUCGGUAGCUUACUUUGUAUUAGAAAUGAUGGAAAUGCCAUUCUUUGCUGCUUUUAUGAUUUUCAUCAUUUUGUGAUAUGACGGGGAUGAGAGGUGUCAUUUAUCCCCUCAGUUUCUAUGGGUGCUUGCUGGAAUUGGUUGAGUCCUUGUCCCGUCAGUGGAUGACAGUUCAUCCUUUUUGGAAAUGAAAUGGAUACGUUAUUACCUCAAAGCACCAUAUCCUGGGAAGAAGAAGAGGAAGAAGAAAAAGAGAAGAUGUGUGCAUGAAAUUUCUACAGAGAAGAAUGCCUGUUUACUUCAAAUGUCUUUGUUGUCAUCCAUCGAGGACUCGGACGUUUCCCAUCCUCCAUGUUCGAUUGUCCCUGUCGCUGUCAGGGGCAACUAGAGCACUUGCAAACAUGGCGGUGGUUUUUCUUGCUUCGUCAUGAGGUGGCGGUGCCUUGAAUUCCUACUUGCGGCCCCCUUACCCCUAAGCAUGCGAGAAACGUGGUGCUCAAGUCAGAAAUAGGAACGAAACGCAAGUCAUCACUCCCUCAGACACCACCGGGGGGCUUUAGCCCGAUUCCUAGAGGGCCAGAGGUUCCUCCACUUUAUUUUCUUUCCAUAAUUAGAUCAAUUAAGUAAUUGAGACUCUAUGCUGCACAGGACCCAGUGGAGCCUCUUGUUAAUAUGGAAAGCUAGAUUUAGAGUCAGCACCCCCCCCCCCCACCCCCCCCACCCCCCCCCCCCAUCAUGUCCAAGGGAGCUUUGACAAUCCCAGGUUUUACUUUGACAAAUUUUGUAGCCGGAUCAUGAGGCCAGACUGAGUGUAUGAGUGUGUGCUAUAUGUGUGGACAUGCAUUUAUUUUAAGGAUGUAUGUGGAACUGCUCCGUUUGAGAGCUGCUUCAUUUGAAAGGGUUUUUUUUUUUUUUUCCUCAUUGUUGGAGGCCAAGGGUGGCGUCUGUGUAACAGAAUAUCAUAGACCUGACACUAUGAAGCAAAAUGUCCUCCAUUUCUGUCUGCUGUAUAUUUCACUCCACUUCAGACUGAGUUGGUGCAAUCUGUUGCAUCUUCUCUGUGGUCUUGGUACUUUGUUGUUGAUGACUCAAACUAAUUUAUUUGAUUUUGUUUUGUUUUGUUUUUUUUUAAUUUUGAGUUUGUAGCAAAAGUGGCGAUGGGAGCUGUUUGACUUUCACACUGGUUUUGAUGAUGUUUGGCACUUAAAGUAACGUGUUUAUGCAGAGAUGGGUGAAGUUACAGUGGAUGUCACUGAGCAGACUGUAAAUCUGAUGGUCUGCUGUAUUAAUAUGAAAUACUCCGGUUGGGUUUAGAGAGAACUGGAACUGGAAUACUUCAGGUAACUCAGUCGGUCUGACAUUUAGAUGGUGUGGAUUGGGUUUAAUCAUCCCGGAUUUUGAAGCUAUGUAUGCAUUAUUCAGCUCGCUCAGUCACAGUGUGGCUUCUUGUGAAAAGAGAACUAUGAGCAAUGUUGCAAAAAGCAGUGAACCAAAGGGGUUGUAAUAUUAACAAUGUUCAUCCAGGCUUUGUGCAUGCAGCAUACCGUACUUGAAUUCAACAACUUCUCGAGCUCCUCUCACAGAUAGUUUUUCCAUUGUGGAGACAAGGGGUCGGAGGGGGAGAGGGGACAAAGGACAAGCAAAGUUGAAGAUAGCAAUGAUGUACAGAGGACUUAUAUGGGACUCUGCAUGAGGCACUGGUUGUUUGUUUAACUUGGCGAGGAUGUGGAUAAUGUGGGGUAAAAUACCUGAGCACCAGACUAGUGGGCCCCUCGUCGGUUGGUGUCAGACUGGACGGUCAGUGCAGGGCCCUGGGAUUCCUGUCCCACUCAUCUGAGCCAUUUUUGUACCAAGGUCGAAGAUGUGGGCUUUCUGUACUUUGCGUUUACUGAUGUAGGCGUGUUUUUCUGCUCCAUCUCAAUGGCUUCUACCUUGUUGUUUUACUGAGCUCUGCACCUGUUUGGCUAUUUCUUCAUCGGAGAACACAAGUGGCUGUCGUGUGAUGUGCGAUGAAAUUCUUGUACUAUUCAACGUUUAAAUUAGGUGCAAUUGAGCUCAAUUUUUGAAUCUUUGAUUUAAAUUAAGUUAUUAUACUUGACCUGCAAUACUCUGUAAGUAGCAAACCACAAGUCAGGCCAGUUUGGGGAUUAAAAGAAAGUAGCAAGGCUCUUAUAUUUAUAUAUAUAUAUAUAUAUAUAUAUAUAUAUAUAUAUGUAUGUGUUAUCAUAUUUUACCUCAUGCCUGUUUUAACAUUACUGUAACACACUGACGAAAUAUCUGCGAGCGAAGGUUUGCGUGCCCUUUAAGCUCCAGCUUAUGUGUAGUAGCAGAGACUAAUGUGCAGUGUCUGUUCAGAAUGAAUGUGUCUCAGCGUGUGUGUGUGUGUGUGUGUGUGUGUGUGUGUGUGUGUGUGUGCAUGUGUCCAACUGAGCACGCUCCUGUCAUGUUCUGUUUCUGCCAAAGCGACAGUAGAAGAUGGUAUCAGAUCAAUUUACCUUGAGUCAGGAAUAACAGGGCAUUGUCUGACUGUGCAAGCUGAUGUACUGUACUCUCCUCGCGGGGGAGGAUAAAGACGAGAGGAAAGGGGAAAAAAGGCAACACAGAGGAUAGUGAGGGGAUGUCUGUGAGAAAAAAGCACUGACUGCUGUUUGAGGUGGUGGCUAUGUAGCAAAAGGCCACUUAAAGAGAAUCUAAUGCUUCCAGGAAAAGGGACACUUGAGUUAAACAGGUUGUCUGAUGGACUGAAUACUGUGAUCCAAGAGAGCAACUUGACACUCGCAGGAUGUCAUGUUUAAUGUUUUUGAAUACUGACACCAUUGAUAAUUGUGUUGUGGGGGGUGGGGGGGGGUUGCCUUGAGCAUCGUACUACUCAUUCAGCCUUUAUCACGUGACUGUGAUUAGAAAACGAUCACUCGUAGCUUUGUCGGGACUGAUUUUGUGGCAGCGAGGGAGUUGGUUGGAGAGGUAUUUUGGCUAAUUUGUCAAAAUAUAUAAAGAGGUGCACAUUUUUGUUUUAUGGAGUGCAAUUUACUGAGCAGGGGUAGAUGUCGUUUUCCUUUGCUAGGUUUUCAUCGAAACAAGCUCACAUGCAAGAUCUCUAAAGUACUUGUUUUUGAUGUCAACGUUGUGUUAAUUACUGUACGUCAUUUCUGAUUUAUUAUGUCACUGUCCAGUUGAAUGGGAAGAGUAAGGGACACCUGAUGAGUUGAUAUUGUUUACACCUAAUGCAACUUGGUGUCAGACUUUCAAAGCUAGAGGAUUGAAAGAGUAAAGGAAAGAUAAGUUCUACAACUUUUGCAUGAUAGUAACCGAGAGAAGGUAGUUAAUGGUAAGAAGCAUAUCACCUUUCAACAUUAACUUUUACUUCUGAAUUUUCCUUUAUUAUGCAUAUGGAGUCCUGACUGGACAAGGUACGCGUUAACCCCAUUUGAUUAAGGAUCCAGUGUCUGGAUCUUUGCCAUUGGGCUUGUCAUACCUGUUCAGAUGGUUUUAAAAUGUGUUGGUUCACAGGGAACUGAGGUCUGUGGGAGGAUCUGGGAUCAGACUUGUGUGUGUGCGUGUGAGUGCGUGUGUGUCCCUGUGUGCCGGCAGCCUUUGUGUUUCUCUCUCAGUUUUCUAUUCCUGCACUGAGGGGAGAGUGCUUCCUCUGAGUCCCCCUCCUCUUUUUUAACAUAUACCUCACCUUCUGCCUUAGUUCCGAUUAUUGAAAUGAUUGUAAAUUAGUUUGAAACAACAGACUUCUCCAAUCAUUUGUUUCUGAAAAAUAUGAUGAUGAGUAAGUAAAAUACUAUAUUACAAAUGGUUUUCCUUUUAUUUUUGUACGUAUGUGCUGUGCACAGCAGUCAACUGUAUUCCUGAGAUGAUAAUAAAAGACGUUUUGUAAAA